AUUCAAACCAUGGCUCAGAGUCAGAGUAAUGUCGAUCGUUUUUCCUUCCUCCCGGAAGAAAUACUGAUUUUCAUAGUCAGUCUGCUGCCGCUGAGAGAGGCCGUGAGGACGAGCGUUUUGUCCAAACGCUGGUACAAGCUUUGGACGUACUGUACGUCCAUCGAAUUCGACGAGACGAACUUCACUGGGACCAUACACGACGAUCAGCAGUUACAGGAUUCAGGGCAAAGCGCUGGAACCCUGCGUCAGAUGAAGAAAGUACGAAGUGACAUCGUCGUGGAGUCUGUCCACCAUACGCUACAAUGCCUGCAGAGCCCAAAGAUCUCCAGGCUAGACGUCCGAUUUGGUUACAGAACCAGGUAUUGUGACUUCGUAAACGAGUGGAUCAGCCUCUGCCUGCGAAAGAACAUCGAGGAGCUCCACUUUGACUUCUCGGUUGGAGCUUUCCACCGGUUUGACUUCGAUCCUUUCAACGAAGGACUCUUCUGUCUGCGUGAUUCCGUCCAUGCAACGGGUUCCAAAUCUCUGUGGGUGUUGAGCUUGAGCUUCUGCAAUCUGGGUUCCCCCAGUUUCCAUGGAUUUCCUGCUCUAAAGAAGGUAUCACUCGCGCGACUCGGAUUACGGAAGGAAGUGGUCGAGAAUCUGGUAGACAACUGUCUGCUUCUUAAAACUUUGAGUCUUGUGGAGUGCCGAUAUUUGGAUCACAUCAAAAUUUCUCACCCACGCUUGCGGCUUAGAAGGCUGAUUGUGAGAGACUGUCAACCACUCACCAAGGGGAUAGAUCUCUAUGCUCCUUGCCUUCAGUAUUUCGAAUACUUUGGGCCUGUGGUGUUCUUCCAACUGUACAGGCUAACAAGCCUGGUCGAGGCUGUGUUGGAUUUUGGGCUCCAGAGGGGAUUUCAUAGCGUCUCUAUGAAGCUAAGCAAUCUUCUUCUUGUCGAUCUCUACCGAGCUAAGUCUCUGACAGUGUGCGGUUAUCUUCUCAGGAUUCUGCCCGCAGAGGAUGCGACGUCGUUCCACCAACUUCGCCGGCCACUCCCCCAUCUUAAGAACUUAACGAUGGUGACAACAUUAGACAAGUAUGAACUAAUCGGAGCAUUUUCCCUGCUAUGAAGUUUGCCAAAGCUUGAAACUUUGAAGAUCACGACGCGUUUCAGCUGGUUUACUGCAGACCUUGAAUUGGAGCCAUCAGUGAGCCCUUUCAGGCACCUCAAGGUGGUUGAGGUUGAGAACUUUCAGGGAAGUACCAAUGAGAUAAAGCUACUAAAAUUCCUGCUGCAAAAUGCAUGGGUGUUGCAGAAAAUGGCGGUAAUACCACACCAAUAUUUUAUGGUGGGAACUGGGCAAGGAGAUAGAUCUAUAAUCUCAGGUGUGGUUGAUGAACUUAGACGUUGUGACUGUGCAUCACCACAUGUAAUGAUAUCCUACCGGCUCAUCACCUUCUCAUCAGUAGCAAUCACC